UAAAUUCGAUUAAUUUUACAUUGUAGACCCCACCCAAUUUUGUUUGAUUCUCGGAUUUCAUGUCUGCUACUUUCGUCUCAAUCUCCCAACUACCCAUUUCGCACACCAAAUUUCCACACAAAAUCAUUCAUAUACCUUCGCAUUCAACAGCCCCAGAUAUUGAAUUGAGUAGUCUUAUUUUAGCCUCGAAAGCUCAAAGUUAGGGCAAAAAUGGCGGUUGCUGGUGCAUUGAGCUGUGGAAUAGCUGGUGUGAUAAGCGAAAAAAGAGCAAUCAGGAGGCAUUUCGAUACCCAGUUACAAAUACAAAAUCUUGGUGUAAUUCGAACUGGGAUUAAGAGUAGGAGAUUAAGAUUCGACAAUGUAAUUAGGAAUUGUGGGUUAAUUAGUGAUCGAGAAGCUUUAGAUUACGAUCAAAAUGCUUCUAAUUUGGACGAAAGAUUAGACGAAAGACGAGAGAGGCUCGUAAAUGGGUCAAUCGAUGAACCAAUUGAAUCGGUGGGGACUUCGCCUCCAAGUGUGCAAACAGAGCUUGUAUUGCUUGCAUUGCCUGCUAUUGCAGGGCAAGCUAUCGAACCUUUAGCACAACUUAUGGAGACAGCUUAUAUUGGUAGAUUAGGUGCUUUGGAAUUGGCAUCAGCUGGUGUUUCCAUAUCAAUUUUCAAUAUUGUAUCAAAGGUGUUCAACAUUCCCCUACUUAGUGUUGCAACUUCAUUUGUGGCUGAAGACAUAGCUAAGUAUUCACAAAGUGAAUCAGAUUCAGAAAAAAGACGACAAUUACCCUCGGUAUCUACCGCAUUAGUUUUAUCUGUUGGAAUCGGUAUAAUUGAGGCUGCAGCAUUGUACUUUGGAGCUGGAACUUUUCUCAAUUUGAUGGGCAUAUCAUCUGCUUCACCUAUGCGUAUUCCUGCACAACGGUUUCUAAAACUUAGAGCACUUGGUGCUCCUGCUGUUGUUCUUUCACUUGCUAUUCAAGGCGUCUUUCGUGGAUUUAAGGACACAAAAACUCCUGUAUUUUGUCUAGGAAUAGGAAAUUUAGCUGCUGUAUUCUUCUUUCCCAUUCUCAUGUAUGUUUUUGGGUUGGGUGUCACUGGUGCUGCGAUUUCCACCAUCACUUCACAAUAUAUUGUGACCAUUGCAAUGAUAUGGUACCUUAAUAAGAAAACGGUGUUGAAACUACCCAAAAUGGAGGAUUUACAUUUUGAAGGUUAUUUGAAAUCCGGUGGUUUUUUGCUUGGGAGAACUCUAGCUGCUGUUGCUACAGUGACUUUGAGUACAUCAAUGGCUGCAAGGCAAGGGCCAAUUGCCAUGGCUGCUCAUCAAAUAUGCUUACAAGUAUGGUUAUCUUCAUCUCUCCUUGCAGAUGCCCAAGCUUCAGCUGGCCAGGCUUUGAUUGCAACUUCUUUCUCAAAACGAAACUAUAGUAGAGUUAAAGAGAUAACAUUUUAUGCUCUAAAGACUGGAUUAAUAACUGGAGUUAGUUUAGCCAUAAUAUUGGGUUUGUCUUUUGGUACUUUAGCCAAAUUGUUCACCAAUGAUGCAGAAGUUCUAUCCAUUGUUAGAUCCGGUGUACUGUUUGUGAGUGCGAGUCAACCCAUCACUGCUCUUGCUUAUAUCUAUGAUGGUCUUCAUUACGGAGUUUCAGAUUUCUCGUAUGCAGCAUGCUCCAUGAUGUUGGUGGGAGCAAUGUCAUCCGUGUUUCUACUCUAUGCACCUUCGGUUUUUGGUCUUGCGGGAGUUUGGGCUGGCUUGACAUUGUUCAUGGGAAUGCGUGCGGUUGCAGGGUAUAUAAGGUUAGCAGAUAAAAAUGGUCCAUGGUGGUUCUUGCAGGCGAUCCCUGCAACCGAGAUUGCUGUUCCACAACAAACCUAAUGAAGACAUGGCUCCAUCUACAAAACUUGCCAAUUAAUUUCACAUUAAGAUUUGGUCUUAACAACAUUUGUGCUAAAAGUUCUGAAUGGGUUAAGACAUAAAAAUGGCCAUCUGGAAGGCUUAUUUUGUUUCUGCUCAAGUGGGUGGCCUGCUAUAAAGGCCAUGAUGUUUUGUCGCUAUGUACAGCUUGAUUGUUUCUAGAAAUUUGACUAUGAUAUUAUUUUGGAGUUUUAUAUAUCAAAAGGGUUGUAAUUUGAAUAAAUAGUUUAUUAAACUAUUACAAUUUACCAAAAGAUUGCUAUAGUAUUAUGGACCACAAUUGACAUUUAGUUUUUAUUUUUGAAUCAGUCAAACAAUUAUCAUUUGACCAUUA